UCACGGAAAGCAGGGCUUUGAGGGUGGGGGUUCCGCCUGCUGUUUACGACAUUGGUUGUACGUUGUUGUAUUUCAGGCAGGAGCUAGGAGAAGUGGCAGCAGCUAUGGCGCGUUUGGUGGCAGUAUGCAGGGACAGCGAAGAAGACUUCCCCUUCGAUAUGAGGCAAAUUCCUCUAUACAUAGACGAUACAAUGACGAUGGUAAUGGAAUUUUCAGAUAAUAUGUUAACACUUGAUAAGCAGCAAAUAGAUAUGCUACAACUUAAACAAUUUGUCCAGCGCCAUAGCAUGCUGAAAGAGCAGGAUCUUAAUAUUGCAAUGAUGGUGACCUCACGUGAAUUAUUCAAUGCACUUUCCCAGCUAGUUCCAUGCGUUGGUUGUCGGAGAAGUGUGGAACGCCUUUUCAGCCAGCUUGUCGAGUGUGGAAAUCCAGCUUUGGAUCCACUCUCAGUGGGUGCCAAGGGUAUUCUUACACUUUCACUCAAAUGCAUGUCUGAUGCAACAAAACUGUACACUCUGUUUUAUGUAUGUGGGACUAAACUGAGCAGUAUGAUAGAUGCAAUUCCAAAAAGCAAGAAGAAUAAGAGAUGUCAGCUGCAUUCUCUAGAUACGCACAAACCAAAGCCUUUAGGGGGUAAUUGGAUGGAUAUUUGGGAAGUUAUGUCCCAGGAGUGUAGGGAUGAAGUAGUUCUAAUCGAUUCCAGUUGUCUCUUGGAAACCUUAGAAAAUUAUCUUAGAAAGCACAGGUUUUGUACAGACUGCAAAAAUAAAGUGCUCAGAGCAUAUAACAUAUUAAUUGGAGAGCUUGACUGCAGUAAAGAAAAGGGCUACUGUGCUACACUUUAUGAAGGUCUUCGAUGCUGCCCACAUGAGCGACACAUCCAUGUUUGUUGUGAAACGGAUUUCAUUGCUCAUCUGUUAGGUCGAGCAGAGCCUGAGUUCGCCGGAGGGUAUGAGCGUAGAGAAAGACAUGCCAAGACAAUAGAUAUAGCUCAAGAAGAGGUUUUGACGUGUCUUGGCAUUCAUCUAUAUGAGAGGCUGCACCGCAUUUGGCAGAAACUGCGAGCAGAGGAGCAAACAUGGCAGAUGCUUUUCUACCUUGGAGUUGACACAUUACGCAAGAGCUUUGAGAUGGCUGUUGAAAAAGUACAGGGAAUCAGUCGGUUAGAACAGUUGUGCGAAGAGUUUUUGGAAGAGGAGCGAGUCCAAGAACUAAAACAAGAAAAGAAAAGGCAAAAGAAGAAGAACAGAAGAAAAAAUAAAUGUGCCUGUGAUAUUGCAGUGUCCCCAGAAUCAUCAGAUUCAACAGUGACAAUCCAAGAAAACGAAUCAUCUGUGUUUAUGGAGACAACAAACUGCAAUUCCUGCAACAACUCAGAGGACCUUUCUAUCUGUUCAGAAGUUAAUGUAAUAAAUGAAACCUCAUCAUGCACUUGUCCCAGCAGCAGCAAUAUUUUGGGAUCUCAUAAACGAACUCCCCAUUCUAAUAAUAGUGAUUGUGGCUAUUCCUCUAGCAUGGAGGGCAGUGAACCAGGGUCUAGGGAGGGAUCAGAUGUGGCUUGUACUGAAGGCAUUUGCAACCAUGAUGAAGCAGUUGACGAUUCGUGUGUUAACUGUGAUAAGGAGGAAGAAGAACGUGAUAGUUGUGUGGAAUGUUGGGCCAACGCUACCGAAAACAAUUUAAAGGGAAAAAACAAAAAGAAGAAGAAGAAAUGCAAACCUUUUAAAUGUGAAAAUGAAAGU